AUGUCAGUUGCCAUCGGGAAAAUUAAAAGACUUGCUUGCUGUGGUGCACAGUCGGCAUCAGAUGUAUAUUCUGAUUUGCGAGGAGGUGAGGAAGUGGCUCUUGCUGCUGCAGUGACUGACUGCUCUCUGGAAGACAUAGCAAAUCCAAAACUGGUGAGGACCAACAGCAAAAAAGUUAAGGUAACUACAAUUGUUGAAUAUGAAGAUGCCAAGCAUAUUUCUGCAAAGAAAACACCUAAAAAAAUUUCCAAAACAAAGUCAGUCGUUUCAUUGUUGUCUGGUUUAAAUGGCAAACUGAACCCUCUUUCUAGGUAAGACUGAUCUUUGAUGGCUUAACUCACCUGAAUCUGUGAAUGCUGAAUACAAUUAUUUUCAAAUGAAGUAGCUGAGAUUUGAGCCCAAGAGGGAUACACCUGAUAAAGAUAUCUUCCAAAGCCUGAAUCAGAUGCAUUGUAGUGACA